AUGGCAGUUACUUCAAUUUCACUUUUGGUGCUCGGUAUUGUUGCUGGUGCAACAAUUUUUUACUUGUCGUCGCCAACUAGGAAAGACAGGAAGAGGCCCCUCAAACUACCCAUCAUCGGCGACAUCCACAACUCCCCAAUCGAGAAGCCACUGCUGCGAUGGGAUGCUUGGGUGAAAGAAAAUGGCGCUAUCGCAACGUCGAAACUGUUCGGGAUAAUGCCUGUUGUUGUUAUCAACACAGCCGAGGCAGCGACAGAGCUGCUGGGCAAGAGGGGCGCUUGGUACAGCAAUCGUCCAAGGUCCGUGGGCAUGGAGAUGAUCACAGGCGCUGGGCCAGGACAGUCACGAUUCACGUUGAUGCAUGACAUGGAUGCGCAUUUAAAGCUUCAUCAUCGCAUCUUGUCUCCGUCGCUCGGUGGUGUCGCUGCUCCGCGCUAUCAGCCCGUCAUGGAACUCGAAGCCAAGCAGCUCGUCAAGGACCUCGUCGAACUGAGCGAGCACAAGUCGGUAGUCGUUACCAGCGACGAUGUGUUCCCUUUCCUCGAACGCGCACAAGCGAGUAUUAUUCUCGCAUUGCACUAUAGCGUUCGGGUUCCCACCCUUGAUUAUCCACUUUAUCAACGGGUCCGUGAGACGCAGGCUAAGGUCACCUCGUAUGCGUCGAGGCCUGGCCUGCCCGAUAUCUUCCCAUUCCUUGCCAAGCUCCCAGCGGCAAUUUCACCGUGGCGUAGAGCUGCAGAUAAAUUAUUUAACGAGCAAAAAGACCUCAACCUGCACUUGUUAAGCCUCGGUGAUGACAGUCCCGGAUGGAAUGCAACGAAACAAGCACGCUCCCUUGCAGCGAAAUACGCCAAGGAGCCGAUUCCCGACAUUGACCUCGCUUUCACACUUGCGACGAGUGUCCAGGGUGGUAUAGAGACUAGCACUCGUACAAUACUCUGGUUGUUCAUCGCUGCGAUGACAGCCAACAGGAGCUUUAUGAAACGAGCGCAUGACGUACUGGAUGCUGUUGUCGGGCGGGAUCGACUCCCUUGCUUCGCGGACAGAUCCUCCCUCUGUUACAUUGACGCUAUUGUAUCUGAGCUUCUGCGUUGGCGGCCUAUUUCCCCGGGAGGUGUACCUCGUCGGGCAGACAAACAAGACUCUUUUAAGGGUAUCAACAUCGUCAAGAAUGCGAUGGUCUUGACAAAUGCGUGGUCUAUCGGCCGUGAUGAAGCUGUGUUUGAUCAGUCGCUGGGCGACCUCGACCAAUUCAUUCCCGAAAGAUGGCUAGAUGGUGAAAGCAUACGCGUAGACAUUAAGAACCAAGGAGAACUGAGGACUUCCCUCCCGUUGCCAGUAUUUGGUCACGGUCGGCGAAGCUGUCUUGGAAAACGUGUUGCUGUAGAUGGCACCUUUGCCCAGGUCGCAACGAUGAUCUGGGCAUUUGACUUUGAGCCUACCCAAGACGUAGAUGAAAUGGAGAUGGAGGUUGUCUGGUUUAUGACGGAGCCCAAACAGUUCAAAUUCAAGCUAAAGCCGAGGGGUUCAUGGGUAUCCAAGGUCAUCGAGGAGGAGUGGAGGACUGCUGAUAAAGACCUUGGUAAGAUCAUGGGCAAAAUUGGUGAUAUUGAGGCCUGA